AUGAGCGGCGGCGCGCCUUCGGGAGCCGGCCCUGGGGGCUCGGGCCGGGCGCGGACCAGCUCGUUCGCGGAGCCGGGAGGCGGAGGCGGAGGCGGUGGUGGCGGCCCGGGGGGCUCGGCCUCCGGUCCGGGCGGCAGCAGCGGCGGGAAGGCAUCGGUCGGGGCCAUGGGUGGGGGCGUGGGGACCUCGAGCUCCGGGGGUGGCCCCAGCGGCAGCGGCGGAGGAAGCAGCGGCGGCCCCGGCGCGGGCACCAGCUUCCCGCCGCCCGGAGUGAAGCUGGGCCGUGACAGCGGGAAAGUGACCACAGUGGUAGCCACCCUAGGCCAGGGUCCAGAGCGCUCGCAGGAAGUGGCUUACACAGACAUCAAAGUGAUUGGUAAUGGCUCUUUUGGGGUCGUGUACCAGGCACGGCUGGCUGAGACUGGGGAACUGGUGGCCAUCAAGAAGGUUCUCCAGGACAAGAGGUUCAAGAACCGAGAGCUGCAGAUUAUGCGGAAGCUGGAUCACUGCAACAUUGUGAGGCUGAGAUACUUUUUCUACUCCAGUGGAGAGAAGAAAGAUGAGCUUUACCUAAAUCUGGUGCUGGAAUAUGUGCCCGAGACGGUGUACCGUGUGGCCCGCCAUUUCACCAAGGCCAAGUUGAUCAUCCCUAUCAUCUACGUCAAGGUGUACAUGUACCAGCUCUUCCGGAGCUUGGCCUAUAUCCACUCCCAGGGGGUGUGCCACCGUGACAUCAAACCCCAGAACCUGCUGGUGGACCCUGACACCGCCGUCCUCAAGCUCUGUGACUUUGGCAGUGCAAAGCAGUUGGUCCGAGGGGAACCCAAUGUCUCCUAUAUUUGUUCUCGCUACUACCGGGCCCCGGAGCUCAUCUUUGGAGCCACUGAUUACACCUCGUCCAUCGAUGUGUGGUCAGCAGGCUGUGUCCUGGCUGAACUCCUCCUGGGCCAGCCCAUCUUUCCUGGGGACAGUGGGGUAGACCAGCUGGUGGAGAUCAUCAAGGUGCUGGGAACACCAACCCGGGAACAGAUUCGCGAGAUGAACCCCAACUACACAGAGUUCAAGUUUCCCCAGAUUAAAGCCCACCCCUGGACAAAGGUGUUCAAAUCUCGAACACCACCCGAGGCCAUUGCGCUCUGCUCCAGCCUGCUGGAGUACACCCCGUCCUCGAGGCUCUCCCCACUGGAAGCCUGCGCCCACAGCUUCUUUGAUGAACUUCGAUGUCCCGGAACCCAACUCCCCAACAACCGCCCACUCCCCCCACUCUUCAAUUUCAGUCCUGGCGAACUCUCCAUCCAACCAUCUCUCAACACCAUUCUCAUCCCACCUCAUUUGAGGUCCCCCGCGGGCUCGGCCACCCUCACCCCGUCCUCACAAGCUUUAGGGGAGCCCAGGCUGGGCUCAGACCGGCAGCCGACUGAUGCCACGGCCACCCUCACUAACUCUUCCUGA